UUAAUGGUCCAACAACUUGCAUCCACAUCCACAGCAAGCAAUGCCGUCUGCGCCAUCUCCGUCAUCUCCGCCGCGCCUUCUCUACAAAACUGGGUCAAAUUCAAUGCCACCUGCACUAAUUUAGCUGCCCCUGAAAAGUGAAAACUUACGCGCAUGUCUCCCUCUCCGUCCAGCUGCCGUUCAAAUUAGAUUUUCAUUUCUUCCAAAAUCGCCCUCCUCCGUCUCCAAUUUCUUCUUCCAAGUCCAGCUCUUUAUUCUAUCUCUCUCUCAUUCUCUCUGCAAAUAAUCUUUUUUCUAGCCCUAAUCGUGUCCCUCGGUCUGUCUUUGCAUCUACAGUGCACAUUCAACAUCACAGGCGGCGAGAAGAGGGAGGAGUCGUCGGUGAAGUUUGGCGGAAAUGUGGGAACGGUGCUUGGAUGAGCGCCGUGUGCGGAAGAUCCAGCGAGCUUUCCGAAGAGGAAAGCUUACUCUUUUGUGCCUCUUCAUGACCAUCAUCGUCCUCCGCAGCACGCUAGGCGCAGGCAAAUUUGGCACGCCGGAGCAGGAUUUCAAUGAUAUCAGCGACCGCCUUAGAUCUCACCACCGUGUCCUCAUCGAGCAGCAUUCCUCAUCGUCGUCUUCCACCGCCGGAGUCGCAGAGGAAGAGGACCCGCCUCCGGAUCCCUCAAAGCCUUACUCCCUCGGUCCGAAAAUCUCUGAUUGGGACAAACAGCGCGCUCGCUGGCUCCAUUCCCAUCCUGAAACCCCCAACUUUCUCACGGCGACAAAACCCCGCGUCCUUCUCGUCACCGGUUCCUCGCCCAAGCCGUGCGAAAACCCUGUCGGCGACCAUUACCUCUUGAAAUCGAUCAAGAAUAAGAUCGACUACUGCCGCGUUCACGGCAUCGAGAUCUUCUACAACUUCGCUCUUCUCGACGCCGAAAUGGCCGGUUUCUGGGCCAAGCUUCCCCUCAUCCGCAAACUCCUCCUCUCCCACCCUGAAAUCGAGUUUCUCUGGUGGAUGGAUUCCGACGCAAUGUUCACCGACAUGGCCUUCGAGCUCCCCUGGGAUCGCUACGUACCUUAUAACCUCAUCAUGCACGGCUGGAACGAAAUGGUCUACAACGACCGCAACUGGAUCGGUCUCAACACUGGAAGCUUCCUUCUCCGGAACUCCCAAUGGUCGCUUGAUCUCCUCGACGCUUGGGCUCCCAUGGGUCCUAAGGGCAAAAUCCGCGAAGAAGCCGGUAAAGUCCUUACCCAGUUUCUAAAAGACCGGCCUGUAUUCGAGGCCGACGACCAGUCCGCCAUGGUCUACCUCCUCGUCACCCAGAAAGAUCGAUGGGCCGAUAAGGUCUAUCUCGAGAGUGCUUAUUACCUCCAUGGAUACUGGGGAAUUCUUGUGGAUAGGUACGAGGAGAUGAUGGAAAACUACCACCCAGGUCUCGGCGACCAUCGCUGGCCUCUUGUCACACACUUUGUCGGCUGCAAGCCAUGCGGGAAGUUUGGAGACUACCCUGUCGAACGAUGCCUUAAGCAGAUGGACAGAGCCUUCAAUUUUGGUGACAAUCAGAUCUUGCAAAUGUAUGGCUUUACUCACAAAUCAUUGGCGAGCAGGAAGGUGAAGAGAGUUCGAAAUGAAACUGCUAAUCCGCUGGAGGCCAUGGAUGAACUUGGAUUGCUUCAUCCACAGUUCAAAGCAGUUAAGAAUCUGAAUUCUGAAUCUUGAUUUUUCAUUUGGCUGCAAUGUGUUUGUGGUGGGAUAGAGGAUCUCUAUUUGGUUCUCGAUAUGUUUUUUGGUAUCAACUAAUAUAUGUUCUAUAUGUUUUAGUUUA